AUGUUACAUGACAGAAGCCAGUUUAGUCACAAGGACCAGAAAGAGAACGUGCUCACUGGGCUGAGGAUAAAACAAGUGGACAGAGACAGUGUGAGACAGAGACCUGAGUCGUCCACACAGACGGACGACAGAGCCAAUCGAUCCCGAUCGGCCGCCAGCAUGCUCAACAUAUUACACCUGGCUGCACUCAGUGUGCUCGCAGGUACGGCAACAACCCAGACCCAGACCCAGAACCAGACCCAGACCCAGACACAGAUCUUUACCGGUUCAGCUGAACUGAACAUCACGUCGUGCCCCAUCACCUACUUCGGACAGAAAUAUGACAAAAUAUAUGUGAGCUUCAACGACAGCAUAUUUACUGUUUGCUCCAAUGGCCAGUACGAAUCUGGAAUCAAGAACGACUGCAUUCUGAUAUCUGCAGGAGCGGCUGACAGAGGAACCCUCGACAUAAACCACCAGGAUAUCACAACUGGAUCUGGGCUCCAUAACAUGUUGCAGAACCUGAAACACGCUGGGAAAUGUUUCAAUGUGAUUACAUUAAAUGACAGUACACAAGCGCCGGUUCAAACAAUUCAACUUGGCAAUUUUGAGCCACAAGCGGUUCUGGGAAUCAAGACGUUUCCUGGAUACACUGCUUCUCAUCUCGAAGCAGACGUGCAGGUCAAUGGCCUCACAGUCUUUAAACAGAGAUUUCCUACAAAUCAAACAAGAUCAGGUCUCUUCACAGACAUAAGCGGUUGUAGACACUCUGGCGUUGUUUAUAAGACAAACACGACAGUUCGAGACCCAAGCAGCUGCUCCACUGUUUCCUGUGAUGCGAGUGGAGUUGCUGCUGUCAGUGUCUGUGGUCCCAUGGAGCCCUGCAAUGGAAAUGGCAGCUGCAUCAUCUCAAACAACGUGUGCACCGUGAUCGGCUCCACGGUCGUCGGUUUCGCUGGGCAGGUCCAAGCUGUCCCUGACCGCUGUGGCUACACUCUGUUCAAGUCCACAUCCAUCCCCGGCUUCCAGGUGGUGGGCGUCUUCCAGGAGAGACGCCGGAAAGAUGUCAGCUUUUUGAAACGUGUGAUCCUGCAGCUGGACACGGCGGGAGCUCAAAUCUCUCUGGAACAAGGGAGUCGAGCUCUGCUUGACACCAGAGAGCUCAGACUCAACACCACAGCGAUGGUGGUCCAUGGGUGGGAGCUCACCAAGGACCAGACUGGAGUGACGGCUAAGAUGUCAGCCUCCAACUUCACAGUUUCUGUCCACUUCGAUGGCUCCAUCACUCACAUCCACUUGACAGGGCCAAAUGGACAAGACGCUCACGGGUUCUGUGGAAACUCCAGUCGGACUGUGAGGGAAGAGAAAGUCUCCACACACAGUGUCAGCGGCUGUGACAAGCAGUAUAACGAGGCUGCGGACCCGACUAUCAACUGCAAAGCCUCAACUGACUGGUGUAACCUCCUGAAGCAGGCUCCCUUUACUGCUUGCAGCAUGCAACAUGACCCAGAACCAUUCAUUGCUGCCUGCACACAAACGCUGUGUAAAUACCCUGAAGGGGAUGGUCUCAAAUGCCACUUCCUGGAGGCGUACGCCAGAACCUGCAGCCUCUCCAACAUCACAGUGGAGGAAUGGAAGUCAGAGACCCGAUGCUCUGCUUUCUAUCAGGGCUUCUGUCAGGACACGUUCUGCAGUGAUCACGAGUUCUGUGGGCAGAAGAACAACGGGGGAACCGGCUGCGUCUGCCGGGCCAUGUUCGCCUCCAAGUACAACUCAACCGGCUCCUUUGGAGAGCCAAUGGUCUUCGAGCAGAACGCUGCUAAGCUGACUAUGGCUAAAUGUCUCUUGGAGAACAAAGGCAUCGACUUCUCUGUCUUACAUCUCAAUGACGAGGCCUGCAAAGGUGAAAUGGACAAUGAGACCCACAUGGUGACGUUCGGCUUUGACAGGACCAAAACCUGUGGAGCAGUGAUCCUGGCAAACAACAGCCAAAUCCUCUACAAGAACACCAUCGUGAGCCGGAACAGCUCCAUGUACGGCAUUAUCAACCGUCAGGACUCGGUUCAUCUGGACUUCUCAUGUCUUUACGAUCAGCCGGACAUCAGGACCUUUACCUUCACACUCAAAGACAGCUCCGUCACCCAACAGAUCACUUCUGGACGAUGGAUUUACAAUCUCACCAUGAAGGCCUACAAGGACCCUAGCUCCAAGGAAGCCUUACAACAACGUACUGAAAUUCAAUUGGACGAGCAGUUGUGGGUGGAGCUGAACGCGGAUGGGCUGGAUGACAAAAUGGUUGCUGUGCUGACGGACUCCUGCUGGGCGACCGACCAGCCCAGCCCGAACGGAAGCCUGAGAUAUGACCUCAUCAUCAAAGGCUGCCCUAACCCCGCUGACUCCACGGUGGAGGUGAAGAACAACGGACAGGGAACAUCCAACAGUUUCUCCUUCAACACGUUCACUGCAUCCCGAGAUGUGGCCCGGGUGACAGAAGACGCAGGUCCAUCAUGUCAAAGUAUGAGGAUGAAAACCCUGCCCUCAUCAAACUGGCCUGGACUUAUUGAGUAA